AUGUAUUUUUUGUUGCACAGUACAUUUUUUGUUAACUGCCUCGGUGGUGUAGAGCCUAACAUGUACGACUGCAUACCCGGAGGUCCUGAGUUCAAGUCCCGGGUCGAGCCAAGUUUAGUUAUUGAGUCUUUCUGUAUAUGUGGCUCAGUAACAGCCCGGAGUUGGGAAGUUGGCGGUAUUUUACUCCCGUGCCUCGGAGAGUACGUAAAGGCGUCGGUCCUGCGCCUUAACUCUCACCAGUCGUGUCGAGUAGUCGUGCCACCGGAGUAUGGUCGUCGUGGCCGGAAUCGGUCAGGAGGACAA